GAUGCUUGGUGUCAUAAAAGCAGUAAUUUGGAAUUUUGAAAGCGUUUUUUUGAGUAAGAUGUGUUUCGGACACAAGCAUAAUAUCAAUUGCAUUACUAAUUAAAAAAUAUUCAAUUUCAAGUUUGUGGUUGUUUAUACCGUUUGCAUUCCAGUGACAUAUUCUAAUGGAGUUGCUCAUUUUUUCAUUAUUAGAGUUUGCAUUAGAGCAGUUUGAUUUUUUAUAAGUUCUUGCAUCAUACUUUGCAUACUAUACAUAAAAAGAUUAAGACUUUGGAUCAGUGUUUUUAGCGUCUCUUCUAAAUUAUCUACUGCUGGUAUUGCCAAUUGUUGAGGUUGAAUAUUUUCUCUUAAUACAUUUGCAUAACUUUUGCCUUGAGAGAUUGUUGCUUCUGUAUUGUUUAUUUGUUCUUGGUAGUAAUUUUUGGGUGGCACAGCGUUUAAUUGAUUUUUGGGAAGAGUUCUCUGCUUAACUGCAACAAAUACGGUACAACCCCUAUAAUUUGCAGUAUGAUUUUUGCCGCAAUUACUGCAUUUUUUUGCAUUUGCAUCUUCUUUCGGUUUUGGACAUAUGGAGGAUUUGUGUAGAUCUCCACAUAUUACACAUACACUAGGUAAGGUGCAAUAGGUUCGAGUAUGGCCAAAUUCUUGACAGUUAGUACACUGUAUUGGAUCUUUUCUUUUGAAAGGCUCUUCUACUGUUAUCCUUCGAUGUAAAAGAUAACGAAGAUUGUAAAUUGGGUGCACUUCUCCUUUAGCGAGUUUUUUUUGCGUUUGGCUCAAGUUCUACUUUAAAUAUUGGCUGAGGUGUUUUAUUUUUGUUUUUAAUAUUAAAGAUGGACUUUGCUUCAAAUCCGGCUUCUGCCGGAUUUUAAAUUUAAUUAUCUUUUAAGUUGUCUUUCGGGUGCGGCGUUGAGCGUAGUACAACCAUUUCAAAUAACCGAGGAAAAUUAUACAAAGGCUCUAACGCAAUUACAAUUGAGAUAUGACAAAAAGGUCUUAAUUUUUAUGGAACAUAUUAAUUCCCUUUUUUUUAUUAAAGAUAUGACGAAGGGCGACUCAAUCACACUCAGGCAUAUUGUAGAUACAGUGUCUGCUUUAUUUGGUUCACUUCUAUCGUUGGGUUCGGAAGCAGACAUUCUGAACGCCAUAAUUAUUCAUUUAGUAUUGUCUAAAGUGGAUAACGAAACUAAAAUUUUUUAUGAUUCUCAGCAAGAUUUUGAGUCAUUGCCAUGUUGGGAAAGUUGCUACUCACUUUUGAGUCGAAGAUGUCAAUUUCUGGAUAGCAAUUCGAAAAGAUGCAAUAAUGAUAAAGUAAAUGAUACCAAAAAUAAUUCUUUUAACAGAAAAUUGACCACAUUUGUUAACACCAAAAUCAAUUGUAUGAAGUGUAAUGGAGGAGACCACAGCCUAGGAUCAUGUCCAUCGUUUGUAAAACUGACUUUUAACGACAAAUUCAAAUUCGUAAAAGAUCUUUUUGUUUGCUUAAAUUGUCUACGCAAAGGGCACGUCGUUAAAAAUUGUCAAUCCACAGCUCACUGUCGAAUAUGCAAUGGUAUGCAUCAUACGUGUUUGCAUAAAUUCAAACCCAUCGAGCAAAAUGUGAGACCAAAUUUGUCAGACAGUCCACCUGGACAACUAAAUUUUCCGCAAUCUCCAUCAAUUUCUCUAGUAUCGCGUACUAAACAACGAUCAUUGAUUCCCACAGCUGUAGUACUUAUUAAGGAUAAAUACGGUUUAUACCAACCUAUACGAGCAUUACUGGACUCUUGUUCAGAGAUAAGUUUUAUCACUGAAAAGAUGGCAAAGCAACUUCAAUUACCAUUUGAGCGAAUAAACCAGGAAGUGUCAGGCAUUGGUGAUGUUAGAACACAAAUUCGCCAUUCAAUAACUGCAACUAUAAAAUCUCGAAUAUCAAAAUUUGAAUGGUCAUCGCAAUUCGCUGUCACUAAACGUAUCUCAUUGAACCAUCCAGAGCAGUUGAUAGACACAACAUCGUGGAAUUUUCCUGAAAGCCUUGUUUUAGCUGAUCCAUUAUUUUUUAAACCACAACACAUUGACUUAUUAAUAAGUACGCAGGGAUUUUUUGAAUUAAUAUUAGAUGGGAAAAUUUCGUUAGGCACCAGCCUUCCAUGUUUAUUAAAUACCGAAUUAGGGUGGAUCAUCGGAGGACAAUAUAAAAAUACGCCUACUGACCGGGCACUCACUUGUAACUACAUUCAGUCGUCUAAUAUAGAUUCAAUGUUACAAAAAUUUUGGAAAAUUGAAGAAUUAGAAAGCGAUCAAAAAAUUAAUUACUCUAAGGAGGAGUUGAGUUGUGGGAAACAUUUUGUAGAAAAUACCACAAUUAUAAGCAAUGGUCAAAUACAAGUUCGAUUACCAUUUAAAGAGUCUCCAGAAGUCUUAGGUGAAUCAUUUGAAAUGGCGAAACGAAGAUUCCUUUCACUUGAGCGUCGAUUAGAGCGUCAGCAGACUCUCAAAGAGGAUUAUGUUAAGUUCAUGCAAGAAUAUUUGAUGUUAGGUCAUAUGAGUCGUGUCGACAACUUUGACAAUAUCACACCGCACUAUAUAAUACCUCAUCAUUGCAUAUUGCGGCCUCAAAGUACCACAACAAAAUUGCGCGUCGUAUUUGAUGCAUCUGCAUGCACAUCAUCGGGUCGAUUACUUAAUGAAAUCUUAAUGGUGGGACCUACAAUUCAGCAGGAUCUUAUUUUGACAUUAUUGACAUUUCGUUUACAUCGCUAUGCACUGACUGCGGAUAUAUCAAAAAUGUAUCGACAGUUUGUAGUUGAUCCAAGAGAUCGUAAUUUUCAAUUAGUUAUUUGGAGAAAUACUGUUAAUGAACCUCAGCAACUUUUUCAGCUCAACACAGUAACUUACGGAAUGUCAGCAGCACCAUUUCUGGCCAUCAGAAGCCUGACUUACCUUGCAAAUGCGUAUCAAAAGGAGAUG